CCUGACUCAUGCUUCUGCUGGAUGGACCUAUGCCGAUCACAUCCACACCUCCAGCUGUGCACAAAGGAGAUCGACCUGUGCGAAAAGAGAUGCAUUUCUACUAUAUGGGGGACCACGAGUGGACCACCAUGUUGGGUCAGAGUGUACGUUUGCAGCCGGUGCCCAUCCAAAACUUAUCAGAGCUAGAACGAGCCCGGUUACAGGAAGUCGCCUAUUACCACCUUGAGGAGAGGGACCUGGAUCUGAAGGUCAGCAUUCCCAGAGAAACACGCAAACGGAGAAAAUCUCUACGCAGGAAGUUUGACUCCUUUUCAAAGGAAAAGAAAGAGCGAGAGUCGGACCCGAAGUCGUUUGGCAUCCCGCUCUAUGCCCUAAAGGAGAGCAGGCGCGACUGCUUGGACCUGGAGGCCAGCAUCAUGCGCUUCAGGGCCGAGAAGCGGCAGCUCUUCAACGGGAAUAAGCCGCUGAUCAGCCCCUCGUCCAUCACAGGCGGAGGAGUUCCUGGCUCGCCGUCCGCAAACUCUGUGGCACCGGCGCCGAUUUUUGAGAACCAGAAUAAACCGCUGUCACCAACGUUUCUGGAUAAUACCGGACGAGGACAGAGAAGGGGCGGACUGUCCGUCGACUCCAUUUCUGACCUGGUGGAGAGUCAGUCCCGCCUGUUGGAGGCUCUGCAGCUUUCCCACCCGGCCGAGCUGGAGCUGAAGAAAUCACCAGGAGGAAGCUCAGGAGGAGAAGGGAGGACGCAGACCAAGCUAAGCCUCAACCCCAUCUACAGACAGGUUCCCCAAGUGCUGGAAAGAUGCUGCACUCACAUCGAGAACUACGGUCUUCAGACUGUUGGGAUUUUCAGAGUCGGGAGCUCCAAGAAGAGAGUGAGACAGCUGCGUGAGGACUUCGACGUGGGGGUGGACGUCCAGCUGGAUGAGGAGCACAGCGUCCAUGACGUGGCGGCGUUGCUCAAAGAGUUUCUCAGAGACAUGCCUGAUCCUCUGCUACCCAGAGAGCUUUACCCCGCCUUCCUGCACGCCAACCUGUUGAGAGGAGCAGACCAGUUGCAAUACCUGCAGCACCUCCUCUACCUGCUGCCUCCCUGCAACUGCGACACCCUGCUGCGCCUCCUCACCUUGUUACACACCGUGCAGAGCUUCGCCCAGGACAGCAUAGGAACCAACAACGAGGAGAUCAACGGUAACAAGAUGACGGCUGCUAACCUGGCGGUGAUCUUUGGGCCCAACCUGCUGCAGAAGGAAAGAGGAGGAGACAUAAGUCCUCUCACGAUGGGGAUCGAGGACAGCACGGCGAUCAUCAGUGUCACUCUGGUCCUCAUACAGAACUACAGGAGGCUCUUCACGGUGUCUGCAGAGCUGCAACAGGAAGUCCUGAUGAGUCUAAUCCAGACCGACCCGGACAUAAUUGACUAUCUGUUGCGCAGGAAACUCAGCGGCUGUCAUCUGACGGUGGACAGCAGCAGCGAGACGGGGGGUCGUCGGGAUACAGGGGCGUCUCUGGACUCUGUCGGGGCGUCGAGUGGGAGUCUGUCCCCGCUGGAGCCCCCCUCUCCUCUCUUCCCCCCCGACGGGAGCGGAGGCGAGGGAAGCCUGACCAGCGAGAUCUUCCUCAACGUGCUUAAACUGAACCAGAACAGGAAGCGGCAGGAGACGAGAUACGGUAAAUCCAUCCGACACAUGCGUCAGUUCCACUCCCACCACAACCUGCUCAGCCUGUCCCAGUCCUCCUCCUCCUCCAACACCAGACUCCACAUGCAGGACUCGGACACCCAGGACCGCCGGGGCCCGCUGGGGUCGGCGCUGAGCUACGCGCUGAGCGGCGGGGGAAGCGGCAGCUGCUCCAGUCUGAGCGGCUCCUCCGAGAGCAGCAUCUGGGUGAGGCAGGCGCCGCAGGAGGAGAGCAAGCCGUCACCCGCCGCCAACUUCUGGGACUUCUUCACCGGGAAAGGGUCGAGCUCGGAGACGAUGGUAUGA